GCACCUUUUGACGCUCGAUAUAGUUCUGCUUUUGCGACGCCGAUGAGCGUCGACGGGCCCGACGCGCCGGCGAGCGAGAGUACCGCCAUGAGCCUCUCGGAGGCGACGAGCGAAGCCUUGGAUCGACCCGGUGAGAUCUUGCAGGUCAAGACGCUCAUGCAGCUCACCGUCCACGUGGGCAUGGACGGCAACGAGAGCUUUGCAUCCUCAGGCAUCUCACCGUCCGGGUUCUCGGAAGACAUGUCGCCGCAGAGCAGCCCUGUCGGCGCGUUCAUGCUGCCACUUCGCCGGCGAAGCGACGCGGACGCGGUCCGGACACCGACGGGGUCAGCGAGGAAGCUCGCGGACGAGCUCGGAAGCCCCCAAGGACCGUAUACGCCAGGCAUGGACGAGCCGCGCAAGAACCGACGCGCGAGCACCAGCAGCGUCGAGUUUUCGCGCGAGCAAAUUCAGAGCUUUGAGGCCAACCUCGGCCGACACUACUUUUUUGCGCGGCUUGGCGCGAGCUUGACCGUACAAGGCGGCAUGAUGUCGGUCGUCGACUCGGACGAUCUCACCGACGUCCGGCAGUCCAACGUCGGCGACGUCCUCAAGCAAGGCUGGCUCAUGAAGAAAGGAGGCGUCGUGCCCACAUGGCGACGGCGGUGGUUUACCUUGUCCCACAGCGCGGACGGACCAAUCCUCACGUACGCCAAAGAGAAAUCCCCCGCAGGCAAGGCCAAGACCGCGCUCAAGACGAUCCGCCUCUCGUCGAGCUCGCAGUGCUCCGUGGUCCCCAAGACCAAGGCCAACAAUGCGCGGGACCGCGAAUUCGAGUUUAAAGUGGCCACGUCGGUGGACUUGGCGCAGCGCGAGUACUUUGUCCAAGCCAUCUCGAACGUCGAGAUGGCCGCGUGGAUCGCUGCGAUCAAGGCCGCGAUCAACGACUCACAGACCAAUGCGUUCCACGCCGGCGGCCUGCGCUCGUUCUGGGACAAGACGGGCAUCGACGGGUUCCUAAUCCACUACGGCGUGCGCAAGUGCAGCAACCGCAACCACGUGCAGACGCGCGUGCUCGAGCUCAACUUUGCCGACCAAACGAUCGUCAACACCAAGCGUGGCGAGACGCUCACAACGCUGCCCUUUGCGUCGCUCAAGACGAUUCGCGUCCUCCAUGAGAACUCGGAGUGGGGCUUCGGCCUCGAAAUAUCGUGGGAGAAACACCGCAACUGGCCGUUGUACUUGGACACGGCCGCGGCGCGCGACGAUCUGGUCGCGCUCCUGCAGCACAUCACGCAUGGCGACGUUAUUGACCCGGAGCAGCUUCGGCAACGGUACCCGCAGCUCACGCUCAAGACGGGGAGUAUGGAGCGCAAGCAGGCGAGCCACAACGCGACGCUCAAAGGGCGCUUCCACGUCAAAUUGCACGAAGCCUUCUUGACGUUCUUUCCCGAGCACGCGACGCUGGUCCGGCCGUGGUUUGUGCUGCCAUUGAAGGAGCUCCGCGUCUCGAUGGACGCCGCGACCGACACGCUCUACUUGGGCCGGCACGUCAUGAUCUGCGACUCGGCGCUCGAGUGCAAGUCGUGGUACUCUGCGAUCCUCGCCGCGUCGAUUCUACCGCGCGAGAUCAUUGACGCCGAAAUGGACAAGCGCGAGAAGAUCCGGCGCACGUGUGUGCGGACCGUCAUGAAGCUGCGAAAGCUCUUGAAGGCCAGCGUCAAGCCCGAAGGCAACGCUCCGGCGAAAGACCAAAAGCUCAUUGACGCGAUGCUCAAGCAGCUCUGGACGUACGUCUUCCCGUCCGACGUCUUUGUGUCCAACACGGACGUGCGUUGGCAAGAAAUCGGCUUUCAGCGAGGCGGGCCGCCCUCGGACUUGCGCGCGAGCGGGCUCCUCGGGCUCCACUGCCUCAUUUACUUUGUGCGGCACCACACGAAGCUCGCAACGUCCAUUAUGAACCGCAUCCGGCACGGCGUCAGCGAAGGCAACCUCCAGAAUUACCCAUUUGCGAUCGCCUGCAUCAACGUGGUCGCGACGCUGGUCGAGUUUCUUGGCAUUGGCGACGCGGGCUCGCACUUUGACGGGUGCGUCUCGAGCGCGCCCAAGACCUUCGUCGCCUUCAUCGCCAAUGACGUCGAGAAGAAGGGCGACGCGGCGUCGGCGACUGCGCUCAGCCGCGCGUCGCUCCACGCGUCAUUGAGCCAGUACGAGACGUGGGACGACGUCGCCGGCGACGUGCUCAACACGGUCUUUGAAGACAUGUUUUGCCUCCUCUUUCCGAUUCUCGACCGCCUCUUUGUCGAAAUGGGCGCCGGCUACAUGGAGUUUGGCCAAGUGCUCGUCGCGUUCCGGAAGCGCGUGACCGUCAUCUUUGCGACCGAGCCAGCGACGUGGUCGGCGCUUCAAGUCCUCGCGACCGAGCCCGUCACCGAGACGCUGGUCGCGCCCAGCAUCAUCUCCAAGCAAGUGCAUUAG